AUGGCGGCCUUCGAGGUUCUUUGCGGAUUAGUCGCGCUUUUUCUCGUGCUUUACUACUUCCUACAGUCAUCAACAUUCUGGGAAAAGAAGAAUAUACCCGGACCCAAGCCGUUCUUCAUAUUCGGCAAUUUUUUCCCUAUGGUAAUUGGAAGAACAUCGUUGGGCGAUCAGAUGGCGAAGUUUUACAAACAGUACAAACACGAGCCCGUGUUUGGCUUGUAUUUGCGAGCAGAUAAUGUUCUGGUAAUAAAUGAUCCUGAUUUGAUCAAAACCGUCCUUAUUAAGGACUUCUCCAAAUUCGCUUAUCGUGGAAUUCAUAUAAACGAGAAGACAGAACCACUUUCUCAGCACAUGUUUUCCCUGGAGCCAGAAAGAUGGCGGCCACUGAGGACGAGACUGUCACCGAUAUUCACAUCCGGCAAGCUGAAAGGCAUGUUUUCUUUGAUCCUCGAUUGUUCCAACACUCUCGAGAAAUACAUGGAGACGUUGGUAUCGGAAAGGGAAUGCAUCGAGGUACGAGAAGUGGCCGCCAGAUUCACUACCGACGUAAUAGCGAGCUGUGCGUUCGGAGUUGAAACGAACGCCAUGUCGAAGGCCCAGUCUAGAUUUCGCGAGAUAGGGAAGGAGUUCUUCGGGCCUGGUCUGAAACAAGUGUUGAAACACAGAUUUCGCGAGGGUUUCCCGAGAUUCUACACUCUCUUGGGCUACGUACUGCCAAAGGACGACACAACGAUCUUCUUCACGAAUGCUGUUAUGGACAUGAUAGAGCACAGGAGGAAGAACAACAUCGUUAGACCGGAUUUUAUUAAUACCUUGAUGGAUCUACAGGAUCAUCCUGAGAAGAUGAACAUCGAAUUAACGACAUCAUUUCUGGUCGCGCAAGCGUUUGUUUUCUUCAUGGCUGGCUUCGAAACUUCUUCGUCAGCGAUAGCUACUGCCCUUUACGAAUUAGCGCAACAUCAAGAUGUACAGGAUAAAUUGCGAAACGAGAUCAGGGAAUAUUACGAGUUGACUAACGGCGAAUGGCAGUAUGAAAAUAUUAAGAAGAUGGCAAUUUUAGACGCUGUGUUUAAAGAGACAUUACGAAAAUAUCCGCCGGUGACGGUCAUCAUGAGAAAAUGUACGGAAGACUACACCUUCGAAAACCUGAAACUCACAGUUCCAAAGGACACCAGGAUCUUCAUUCCUAUUUCUUUAAAAGCCAGAAACAGUGAGAAAGUCGUGCGUUAUGAGCAACCUAAAUUGCACGCGGAUGACUAAACUAAUUGUACUAAUACUAAAUACUAAAUGCGAAUCAAGUUUGCAGAUGUAGCAAGAGUACUUCUAAUAUCAAUUUGAUUAGUAGACAGCGGUUUUAUAAUUUAUAAUUCAGAAAACGAUAAAAACCCACGGUUUAGCGACCAGAGUAUUUUAAUAUAUGGCGUGUGAGAAAAUGAAUAUAAUAUAGAUGAAGAAAAAGUCAGAAAUUAACAUUAAAACCAAAUUAAAGCAUAACAUUUCCAUCAGAGACAUCAAAGUGAAAGAAAAAGAAGAACAAUAUAAGAAAGAAGCUUUCAUACAUUUUGCGAAAAAUUAAAAUUUAAAUCUCUAAGAAUACACUGUUUUGCAUCUGUAAGAUCCCAAACAAAAAUUACAAAUUGGUCGUUUUGGCCAUUUUCGUAGUUUCAGUGUCAAAAGAAAAUCAAAUCAUACUUUUGGCAAGCUAGGUGUUCUCGCUCGUGAUUAAAUCAACGUUUCUUUUCCUUCCGCAGGUGCGCGUUUCGCAAUCUUCCA